UUCAUACGGUCGUUGAAGAUCCCGACAGUUUAUGAGAAAACGAAAGCAAAACCUAGAUAGAAUGAAUCAUCUCUUUUUUUAUACCCAGAGUCGCUGGAGCCGCCGUGUAGACACCGAACACCGAACACCGUCCACCGGGCCCCGGAGCUGACCGGGGAUCGGUCGUAGCCUGCCAUGGAGUCCGAGAGCGACGAAGUGAAGGAGCGCCUCAUCGAAAGCUUCACGCCGAGGAUUCGGCGGCUCAUAGCGGUGAACCGGGUUCUGGAUCACAUGCACUCCCUCGAACCCGGCCUGAAGGAGCGGAUCAGACAGAGGGCGGCCACCGACGGCGACUCCGCGGCCGCGGGAGACCUCAUCUCCGCGGUCCUGAAGAAGCCGCGCGCCGCCGGCUGGUUCCGCGCGUUCGUAGACGCGCUGCUGCACUCGGGCUGCGAGUCCGCCGCCGACUACAUACAGACUCCGCCUGAACCCGAGGUGGAGGCAGAGAACGAUUACUGUGUCAUGCUGGUGGAGUUGCUCUCUCCGAGUCUGGUGGACAUGAAAACUGACGUCGUGUGCCACGAAUGUUUCUCGCAAGGCCUCAUCAACCAGGACGACGACGAGAUCAUUAGAACUUCAACUGCAAACCAAGGAAACGGGAGCGGAGCCCGGGAACUUCUCAGACGUAUCGUGAGAGGUCGGCCUGGAUGGUUUUCUGACUUUCUCGAGAUUCUGCGUAAAACUGAACACCAGUACCUGUACGAGCUGACUGGAGGGCCACCUGACUCUGACAAGACAGGCUCGGAGGAUAAGCUGCCUUCGGCGAAGGAUGAACCCAUGGAAACGGACGCCCCGGCGGCCGCUGAACGCUGCGGUAGCCUGCAGUUAAUGGACAUCACCUUUGCGGAGGAGCCUCAGGGUGAAACAGACCUGUAUGGAGGAGCUCCGACUGAAUCCAGUGAACUCUCAAAAAGUUUCAAGCCCUCACAACCAGAUUCGGGAGCGGCUGACGGAGGCCCAGAAAAAGCUGAUAUUGUUCUUCGAGAUUAUCAGAUGGACGUUGCUAGUCCUGCCUUGGAGGGGAAAAACAUCAUCAUAUGCCUCCCGACAGGAAGUGGUAAAACCAGAGUUGCAGUUUAUGUUACAAAAAAACAUCUGGACGGCAGGAGGGCAGAGGGGCGAGCAGGGAAAGUGGUCGUCCUGGUGAACAAGGUUCCUCUGGUUGAGCAGCAUUACUCUGCAGAGUUCUUGCCAUAUUUGAAGUCCACUUACAACGUGGAGAGAGUGAGUGGAGACUGCCAGCUCAAAAUCUCAUUCACAGACAUCGUGAAAAAUAGCGACGUCAUCAUCUGCACAGCCCAGAUCCUUGAGAAUUUCUUGGAGAGGUCGAACAAAGGAGAGGACGAAGGGGUGAACUUGAGCGAUCUGUCGCUGAUCGUAAUAGACGAGUGUCACCACACACAGAAGGGUGGAGUCUACAACCACAUAAUGAUGCGCUAUCUGGCGCAGAAGCACAAAAACCGAAGGCUGGAGAAAGAGCAGAAAGUUCCGAUGCCCCUCCCUCAGAUCCUGGGCCUGACUGCCUCACCCGGUGUCGGGGGGGCCUCAAAAAUCGGGAAAGCUGAGGACCACAUACUGCGCAUUUGUGCAAACUUGGAUGCUCACAGGAUCAUGACGAAGGACCUUGGGCAGUACCAAAGGGAGCCAAGGAAACUCAUUAAAACUGUUGAAGACAGAAAAGAGGAUCCCUUCGGUAACGUAAUCAAGAACAUCAUGAAUGCCAUUCAUACACAUGCCGAGCUGAGCCCCACUUCUGACUUUGGCUCUCAGAAUUAUGAGCAGUGGGUUGUUCUAAGAGAGCGAAUAGCUGCAACAGAGGAAAAUCAGAAGGUGCGAGUUUGCUCUGAGCACCUUCGACAGUACAACGAGGGCCUGAAUCUCAGCAACACCAUCCGCAUGCGUGACGCCUUCAGCUUCCUGAACACAUACCACGAGGAGGAGUUAAAGAAGAAAACGACUCCGGACGAGGAGCAUGUGAUAAAGAUCACAGAUACUGAGAAAUUCCUCUUCAAUUUGUUUAAAGAGAACAGGGAAGAGCUGCAGAGACUUGCGGAAAUGCCAGAGUAUGAAAAUGACAGCCUGUCAAAACUAAGGAGUAAAAUUCUUCACGAGUUCAGCAGCAGGGAGGCGGCCAGAGGGAUCAUCUUCACCAAAACACGUCGCAGCGCCAUCGCCCUAAGUCAGUGGAUUCAGGAAAACCCAAAGUUUGCUGACAUUGGAGUGAAAGCCUCCUAUCUGAUUGGGGGAGGAGACCAAAGCGUUGUUAAACCGAUGACCACCGCCGAGUCAAGGGACGUGCUGAACAAAUUCCGCAAUGGCAAAGUCAACUUGCUGAUUGCGACCACGGUUGCAGAGGAGGGUUUGGACAUAGCGGCGUGCAAUUUUGUCAUCCGCUACGGCCUCGUGACCAAUGAGAUCGCUAUGAUUCAGGCCCAAGGCAGAGGAAGAGCCGAGGACAGCAGCUACACUCUGGUCGAGGUGAAGAACUCUGGGGUAGCAGAGAAGGAGCGCGUCAAUGAGUUCCGUAUCACUAUGAUGAACAAAGCCAUUACCAACAUCCGAGCCUUAGAUCAGGCGGACUAUGACAAACGGAUCUUGGAGUUUCAGUUGCAGGCCAUAAUGGAGGGGAAAGUGAGAAUGACUAAGAAGAAGAAGAAAAACAUGCAGGACCUCAAGGGCGAAGUGAAGUUCAGCUGCCGAAGCUGCAGCAAACACGUCUGCACCGGCAAUGACAUCCAGAUCAUCGAAGACAUGCACAGAGUCAACGUCACACCCGAGUUCAAACAACUUUUCAUCGAGAGAGAAAACCCAUCACUGCAAGAGCGGUUUCUAGAUUAUGAGACCAAUUUCUACAUAGCAUGCAAGGACUGCGGCCAGAGAUGGGGUUCCAUGAUGCUCUACCGUGGGAUCGAUUGUCCGAGCCUCCAUGUGAAAAACUUUGUGGUGACUUUCAACGAAAAGAAGAUGAGCAAAUGCACCAAGUGGGGAGACCUCCCCAUCCGCUUUCCCGUCUUUGACUACGCUGAACAAGCGAGCCGCGUGGCAGAGAGCUCAGAUGACGAAGAUUGAGAAGCUGAGUGAACCCACUCGGUCGUUUUUCCUGCAGUUUUCUAAACUUUGACUUUCGAAGAAUAAAUUGCUUCACCCAUCUCACUUUCAAAUGCAAGGCUUCUUCAAAGUGCUACAAUAUCAUGAUAACUGGAGUCACUGACGGUGAUGGAUUUAAGCAUGUUCUGCAAAACAUGAACUAGAAUUAUUGGUGAAUGGGAUGUCAUGUCUUGAACUCACUGCCGAAACUCAAACACAGCGAUAGAACAAAUGUGCAUGUUGUGUCCUUGCCUGAUACAGAACGAACUGGGAAACUUGAUUUCCCUCUUGAGGUCUCCUGAGAUUGGAACCACCGUGCCUGUGAUCGCCCCUCAGAGUCCACCUGUCAACACACAUGCAGACAAACAAGUGCUGCUGGUGAUUUUCCAUCAAAUUAAGUCACAGCUGCUAUUUAUAGAACUAUUCUUAAAGGUUUCCAGAGAGACACCUGAGCUUUCUAAUUGUCCUCAUGCAAGUCGCAGUGUUCCUUGAUUCAUAAAAAACUGUGUCCAACAUCUGGGCGCGUCUUUUCAUUGUUUAAUUGCAUUUUGUGUGUUAACAUUCUAAUAAAAAAAAACAAUCUGUCCACU